UUAAGGUGCAUAUAUGUUUUUAGGAUUUAGGUUGAUUUAGGAUUUAUGUGAUUGAUAUGUCUUUGUUGUCCAUUUAUGCAGAUAGACAAUGUCAGGUAGAGAUAAAGAUAUUGUAUGGGAACAUGGUGAAAAAUUUUAUCCCGGAUGGCGGUGCAAGUAUUGUAAUACGCAGAAAGCAGGAGGUGGUGCGACUAGAUUGAAACAACAUUUGGCUCACCGCGGGGCGGAGGUGGUCCAUUGCAGGAAUGUGCCACCAGAUGUGCGGGAGUAUUUUCAGCGUGACAUUGAGAAGGCUAGGAAGGCAACUGCUGAACGGGCUCGAGAGAGGUUGAGACGGGAGAAGGCUGCAGCGGAGGGAAACUAUCCCGGUGAAGAAGAAGAUGAGGAGACUCAGCUGCAGCGUGCCUUGGACCAAUCGAGAGCGGAAGCAGUGUACCGACGGGGGGUGGAACAGAGAGGAGGUGUAUACGAGCAUGGAGGGGAUAGUGGUUCGACGAGGGGGAAUCCUUUGCAGAGGAUGUUGCGUAGGGCAACUUCGCAGAGGGAGAGUCCUGCGGUGGAGGAUUAUAAUGUGGCAUCCGGUGGGAGAAGAGGAAUGACCCAACAAAGAAUUGAUACAGGCUCCUGGACGCAGAAGGGUAGGAAUGCAAAGGAAGCUAUUGGUAAAGCUUGGUCAAAGUUUUUCCAUUUUGCGGGAGUACCUGGAAGACAGGCUGACAAUCCUUACUUUGUCAGCGCGGUCAGGGAGACACAGAAGUGGGGUGAAGGUAUCGCAUCACCAACUGGACGGGAUAUUGAUGGCAAGUACCUUGAUCAGAACGAGCAAGACUUGAAGACGAGGUACGUAAAGUUUCGGAAAGACUGGCCCUUAUUUGGCGUCACGUUGAUGUGUGAUUCAUGGACUGGGCCGACGAGGAUGAGUGUCAUCAACUUUUUGAUAUACUGCAAUGGAGUCAUGUGGUUCCACAAGUCUAUUGAUGCGAGUGGAAGAACUCAAGAUAGCACAUAUUUGCUUAGGGAGAUUCGAAAGGUGGUGGACGAGAUUGGACCGGAGAAUGUCGUGCAUAUAGUCACCGAUAAUGGCUCGAAUUACAAGAAAGCUUGCAAGGCACUAGGAGAGGUGUAUGAACACAUUCUUUGGACACCUUGUCUAGCACACACCGUCAAUUUGAUGUUGAAGGAUAUAGCUCGAAGGCCCGAACAUUCUGGUACGAUCAAGCAAUGCAAGCGAAUUUCUAAUUGGUUACACAAUCAUGGUCAGUUGAAUACAAUGAUGAGGAACGCAAUCGGUGGUGAGUUGGUCAAGUGGAAUGCCACUCGAUUUGGAACCAAUUACAUGUUCUUAGAGAGCAUCUAUCGGAAACGUGAUCGUUUCAUGCAGUGGAUGGCAUCUACUGAGUUUUUACAAAGCAAAUGGGCAGAUACCGAAGAUGGUCGAUUUACUCAUUCCAGGUUUUCAAAUUUGGAGUGGUGGGACGGAUUGAAAUAUGUCAUCGACACAGUUCAAGCAAUAUACAAGUUCCUUCGCUUCGCUGAUCAGGACAAGCGGCCCAACAUGUGCGAAGUCGUGAUGUCGUACCAGAAUACGAGACAGGAGCUGCAAUCUUUCUUUGGAAAUAAUGUUUCCACUCGGGACGAGUAUCUUAAGGUUAUGGACGAUAGGAUGCGUGACCUUUUCAUAGGCACGUAUGUGGGUCCAGCUGCUGUCCUAAAUCCGAGGUAUUCAUACACGAUGGAACCAACUCAAGAAAUGUUCCGUGGACUCAAGGAUACAUUUGAGCGCAUGACGGAUGUCCAGAGCGCCGUGCAGGCAUUGCAGGAGCUUGAGGUGUUUCGGCAGAAGGUUGGCGAGUUUGGCAGUGAAAUGGCAAUGAGAAUGGCGAUGGAUCCAAAGACAUCCCCAUGUAAGAGUUACUCCGUAACAUAUUGUUGUUUUCUCUAUAUUUGAAUAUAUUGCUUACAUACUUGGUUGCACAUACAGCGUUCUGGUGGAUGAUGUUCGGAUCAAGCACUCCAAAGCUGCAGUAUCUUGCCAUGCGGCUUGUUUCACAAUGUUGUUCGUCCAGUGGAUGCGAGCGCAACUGGAGUACUUUUGCCUUGCUGCAUAC